UGAAGCUAUAUGCUGCGACAUUUCAGUGUAAAAACAAAUAAAAACUAAAAAACAAUAGAUUAAAAAAAUACGCAUUAUUAUUGGUGGUUUCAACUAUAAAAAGAAAACAGAUGGGCCAGUGACAAGCAACAUCUGUCCUUUCGAGGUUAGGGUUCUUUAGAGAGAGAGUUUAUAUCUUAACGAACGAUCCUUCGGAUCUUGUUGUGGAAGCUUGAAUACUAACAUGUUUUAAAAACUCUUCGUUUUUCUUUCUUUUCUAAACAAUUGGAAAAUUAUCAACUUAUAGAGCUUUCGAUCGUAUUAUUUGGUAGAUCGUCUGCCAUUAAAACGAAUAUAAUCUGUUUUCCCCUUGUUGUUAUUGUUCAAUAUCUUCAUAAACUACUCUCUUUUCUUGAAACUAUAUUAUUAUUAGAGAAUUUUUUUCAAAAUAUUUGAAAUAAUGGAAACAAUAUCAGUGCAACGUUCGUCAUCGGGUAAGCAGGUUUCUGGUAUGAGGCCAUUCAAGAACCCUAGAAGAAGGAGUUCUCGUGGUUCUCUUUCGAGAUCCGGAGGAAGCUUGGCACUGCCUAAUAAUCCGGCGUCUUCUUGUGGAUCUUCUCCGCCGUAUCCUACGCCGCCUGCUAACUACUCGCAGCCUCCUCUUCUCCCUCUUCCACGUGUGAACAGCUCAACUCUUCCUCUGCAACGCGUCAAGAGUUCUCACCCACGUGUGAACAGCUCUACUCUUUAUUGCGCUCAGACAAGAGCAACGUCUGAAACACAGCAGAAGAAAGUAGACUACGUUCAAUCUGUACCUAGGUUGAUUCGAACCGGUUCGGUUCCUGUCUGGUCUAACAAUCCGUGUGAUUUCCCUAAGGGAUUUGAUGGUUAUCCUGGUCCAGCAAUCUUGCUACUCUCUCCUCCGCCUAGUAGUUUGCCCAUGCCUAAGUUUUCGAUCAAACCGAAGCUUCGUUGCAACGCAGAAGCUGCAGGCAAAACUGACUUAGCCACCGAUAACAUCCGGCGAGUUUUACAGCUCCGGUGAAAGGUGGUGCUACUGCUACGUAACGAUAUUGAUUUUUACUAAAUAAAAUAAGCCCAUGGGCUUUUAUGGGCUUGUGUCUAUCUUAUUUUUAAAGUGAUAGAGCUCUCUCCUUAUGUGUGAUUUGCUAAGCCGUAACUUUUUAAAAGGCUUUGUUGGGCACAAAGUGUAGCCUUACCGGAAUAUAUUUUCUUUUAUACUGUUUCCUUUGUGUAAGAUUUAUUACCAAUCCUCUAAUAAAUCAAAGUUCCAGAUA